GGACAUUCCAGCUAGUCGUGGUCAUCGGCUCAUCAUCGUCGUAUUUGCCCUUCCAGUGCACCACGGCAGCAGUAAACUCUCCGAAGUAGCAGUGUAUGUGUGUUUGGCCUUUGCGUGUAGCAGCACCGCGAAUAAUUAGUAUUCAAUCGUGAUAGCGAGUCCAUGUCCGAAUGAUGGAGACGCACCAUUAGUGCUUCCACCACCGCCAGGCGUUAGUCUGGUGACGACCGUCGUGGAUAGCUGACUGCCUUGCCUUGCAGUAGUAGCCACGGAACACGUGAUGGCUACGUCGUACACGAACCGUUCCAGAUCGGAGACGGUGCUGUCGCUCGAUGGUGACUACGGGUGGCCAUCGAGACCUCCGGCAGCCUCGUUUUCACCGCCAUGGCAGAGAGGAUAUCAUCAGCGCAUGGGCCCAGGUUAUCGGACCAGUGGCCAACCGGCCUGGAUGGGCGGAUCGAGUGGAGCACUAGCGCGGACGGGGAGCCGUGAUGAGGCGAAACUCCACAAAAGCCUGGAAGAGAUCUCGAAGGACAUUCGCGAGCUGGAGGACUUUAUCAGUGUCACCGAGGAUAUUCUCCGACGGGAGCGAGAACAGGACGAACAGCUCACACUGCGUGAACGGCAACGGAAGGCGGCCGAGCGGACGAUACAGCUCAUCCGAAGCAAGUGCAGUCCGGCGAAAAAGUGUCUCAACCGAACCGUGGCACCAGAUGGCAACAAGCGCGUACUGCGCUCACCGACCUACAAGGUCAACAUCACGCAGAAGCGACGCAUUAAAUCGUACAGCCCCAAGGGCACCGGUUACAAGUCGAAGCUGUACUUCCGGAAUGGUAAAAUCGGAUGCCAGGAAGCCGAGGAGAAUGCGGUCUCGAACCUGCGAAGCACGCACGAGCUGGUCAAACGGAUUAUCAACGACGAGAACAACGCGCUGGUGAAGCUGGAACACUGUCAGCAGUACACCACGAUGGGAAACACCGGGCCGGAUCGGCUCGAAUCGCGAUCCAGUUCCGUCGAUACGCCCGUGGAGAGUUUGCAGCUGUGCAUAACGGAAUCGGCCGGCACCUCGCUGUGUGACGACGAACCACCGGCCACCGUAGCUAACGGAAAUUCGCUUGUGCCUCGGGAUAGCCCCUGCAAGCCAUCCCAUGCGAAUCUACCCGAUGCUGAGAACGCUUCAGCGAUUGAGGAGAUUGAAGACCGAAGGAACUCAGUGAGUCCAUCGGAAAUUAUGCCAGCGAAUGGAAAUGAUUUCGUGACCGUCCGGUUACGGCACCUAGCCAGCCGGUUCUCGGAGCGUACCCGACGGAUGCGCAAUAAGCUUGAAAUUCCUCCCACGCCGUCCAGCAGUGCCAGCGCACCUUCGACCGCGCCUUCCAUGCAGAAGCACAGUGUGCACCAACGUACCAUCCAGAACUCGGCGCUGACCCUGCAGUCCGCCACCGAAACACCGGGCUGCAGCCACUAUCUAUUCUGUCCGAUCUUUUGCUGCGCCGGACGUGCCGACAACGUUCUGGAUCCCCAGGGGAAAUUCUACAUCGCAUGGCUCUUCAUAGUGUCCCUGUCCUUCCUCUAUAAUGCCUGGGUCAUACCGCUACGAUCAUCCUUUCCCUAUCAAACGCCCGAAAACACCAAGUACUGGAUUGCGAUGGAUAUUUGUGCGGAUGUGAUCUACCUGUUGGACAUUCUGUUCGUCAAGCAUCGGCUCAUGUACCUUUACGAAGGGUUCUGGGUAAAGGACAAGAACCUGACGCGCAAGAACUACAUGAGGAAGUUGCAGUUUAAGAUGGAUCUGCUGGCCUUGGUUCCUCUGGAUCUGCUCUAUCUACGCUUCGGUACCGAGCAUGUAGUAUUCCGUGCCCCGAGACUACUCAAGAUACAGAGCUUCUGGGAGUUCUUCAAGCUGAUCGAUCGGGUCAUCUCAUCGCCCCACAUUAUCCGUGUGGUAAAAACGUUGACCUACAUGCUGUACAUGAUUCACCUGACAGCCUGCGCGUACUAUGCCUACAGCGCAUACCAGGGACUCGGUUCCAAUCGAUGGGUGUUCAACAACAAGGGCCACGCGUACGUACGGUGCUUUGCUUUUGCCACCAAAACGGCGACCUCCAUCGGUAAAAACCCAAAACCGGAGAAGGAAGGCGAACUGAUGUUCAUGACCGCCGCCUGGCUGAUGGGAGUGUUCGUGUUUGCACUGCUGAUUGGCCAGAUCCGGGACAUCAUAGCGACGGCGACACGCUCGAAAUCGGAGUACAAGCAGUUGGUCGACGAAACGCUCGAGUACAUGAGGCGCCUCAAUCUACCGACCGAUCUGCAGCGUCGUGUUAAAAUGUGGUUCACCUUUACCUGGGAGCAGCAAAAGUGUCUCGAUGAGACGCACAUCAUGGAUGCGCUGCCGGCGAAUCUGAAAACCGACAUCGCCAUCUCGGUACACAUUCAAACGCUCUCCAAGGUGCAACUGUUUGCCGACUGCGAGGAAGCGUUGCUGCGCGAGCUGGUGCUAAAGCUGCGUUCCGUCACCUUUCUGCCGGGGGAUUUCGUGUGCCGUAAGGGUGAGGUUGGCAAGGAGAUGUACAUCGUGAAGACGGGCCAGGUACAGGUAAUGGGCGGUGCCCGUAACGAUGUCGUACUGGCCACCCUUUACGAAGGUUCGGUGUUUGGCGAGAUCAGUCUGCUGGCGAUCAACGGAGCGGAAGGAAAUCGGCGCACGGCCGAUGUACGGUCAAAGGGUUUCUCGAAUCUGUUCGUGCUAUCGAAAUCGGAUCUAAAUGAAGCGAUCGUUUACUAUCCAAACGCACAGGCAAUCCUGAAGAAACGUGCCAAGAGCUUGAUGCGUAAGAACGCGGCUAGGGAGAAGGCCGAAUCGCAGCAAAGCAUCGACACAAAGUGCAGCGAUGCCGACGUGGUUAUCCGCAACCCACAAGACCCGACUUCACCGAAACUGCUAAAAACCGUCAUCCAAGCGUUACCGCGUGAAUCCGCCGCAGUGCAGCUGUUGAUGCAGGGCUUCAAAUCGAUCGAUCCUCCGCGAGAAGAGCACAGCGAGCCGAAGGUCGAGGAAGAUGCCGGACCCAAGGAAAUACCGGAUCCGGAUGAUACGGCUUCGAUGCGAAGCGUUGAGCUGAGACACACGACCGAGGUGCAGAUUGAGAAUGAGAAGAACGUCGAGCUACCGUGCGAUCUGGUGUACAGCAUCAAGAAGGAGCUGAUGGAGAACAACAGCUACAUCAAUCUGACCGAUACGGAGAAGUAUAAACUGUUGCAUGAGCUGUCGAAGGACGAGUACGACCAGCAGCAGCAACAGCAGCAACAGCAACAAAAGUCCCCCGUCUAAUCGUCUCUAUUGUGAAUGCUAUUCCAACCAACCUAGUAAUAUCCAGUGUGUUUGAUAUCUCUCCGUCAUCAAUCUUCUGCCGUUACUUGUUAACAAAUGAUCGUUUACCCACUUACCGCAUCUACAGCCAUGGAGUAUCACGCUUCGUGUAGUAUUCCGAAUCGCUGCUGAAACGACCCAACAGCCUUUAAUCCCUCUCUGAGCUACAACGCACCACGAGAGAUGAAUGUAAAUGAGCACAACAAACCUUCCAGCGCAUUCAAGGUAGCAUAAAGGGGCUUCAAUAUCGUCCCACCCGCAGGCCUAUCAUUAACUGCAUGGUGCGGCUGAUCGAUGAUGGUUUGGGGAUCGUAAAAUCAAUGUUAAGGUUGAGGCAGUCCACUUCAACUCCCCUGCUCCAUCGGUGGCGAGCGAUCGGUCGUGUGUCGCGUGCGGAUCGCGUAAUGGCAGGGGUAUUCGUAGCUUGAUUGUUGAUCGUUGGUACUAGUGGAUGAGAUCAUAUUGCCGUGCGAAUAUGGCGUAAACGUGAUCGAGCACGCGCACCAGACGGUGGCCCCGGUAAGCCUUCACUUGUGCCAGGAUAAGUAAGAUGGAUAAUUGUCGAUUGAUCAAGUUAUCUUGAUCGGAAAAAGUAUUUUAUAUUAGUUGGACCAACAAUAGAAUAAAGAAAUGUGUUAGCUUUGUAUUGAUG